AUGCCCCAGGCCUCGAGCACGACUCAUCUCCCGCCUACACAUCCCGCCACGCGCCAGCGACCCAAAUCUCCGAACAGAGUCCUUGCAGAGGCAGAGGCGCAAUGGCUGUUCACCGAGGCCGAGCUUGCCAACACGCCCUCCAUCCAGGAUGGCAUGAGCCAGGCCGAGGAGAAGGAGAUGCGCGCCAAAGGCGUCAACUUCAUUGUCCAGGUCGGCAUUAUGUUGAAGCUACCACAGCUCACCCUGAGCACCGCAUCCAUAUUCUUACAGAGGUUUCUCAUGCGCGCGAGUUUGAAGAAGGAGCGCAAUGGCAUUCCGAGGCUUCACCAGUACCAAUCAGCUGCCACGGCCUUGUUUCUGGCCACCAAGGUGGAGGAGAGCAGUCGCAAGAUGAAGGACAUGAUAUUGGCUUUCUGUCGGGUCGCGCAGAAGAACCCAAACCUGAUCAUCGACGAGCAAAGCAAAGACUGGUGGAAGUGGCGAGACUGCAUAUUGCACAACGAGGAUGUCCUGCUGGAGACUUUGUGCUUCGAUCUGACAGUGGAAUCACCACAUCGUCAACUCUUUGACAUGUUGAAAUACUACGGCAUCGAGCGCAACAAGCGCCUCCGAAAUGCCGCCUGGGGAUUCGUCACCGACAGCGCCAAUACUCAGUUGUGCCUGCUCUGCAGCAGCCGGACCAUCGCCGUGGCUAGCCUUCUCGCUGCUUGUAAAUACUGCGAAGUUUCCAUUCCGGAUGACUCCAAAGGACGACCAUGGUGGGAAGCGCAUCAUGUGCGGCUCAAGGAGAUUCGACACGCCAUCGAAUACAUGCUCUCCAACUACGACCCCGAAUCUAACAAGAUCAAUGGCAUCACCACCAGUGGCGGCUCGGAAGGUAAUGGCUCGAUAUAUCAGGGCCUGAAUACCCCCAACGACGGUGCCACGGCGACUACGAACGAAGGAUGGGACAGCACCAGAAAUCGACCGACUUCGACAUCACCAUUCCCCUUCCCACGUGGCAGUGAGCGGAGAAACAGCAACGCAAGCAGUAUUGGGGUGAAGCGGGGACGCGACGAGCUGAUUGAUGAAAGACCUACUGAUAAUGGAACCUCCGAUGACCAGGAGAACAAGCGGCCACGGCUUGAGGAAGACGCUGCGAUGAAGGAUGAGAAAGCGCUUGGGCCACAGCUCACCGAGAAGUCAGAUCCAAAGGAGCGCGAGGAGGCCUUGCGGGUGGCGAAUGGCAACAAGCAGGCGGACCUGGCCGUGAAAGGAGAUGAAACGAAGACUUCUCACAGCAUCAGGCAUCGGAACAGCGAGGAAGGGGAGGUCAGCGAAGAGGGGGAAGUUGAAGGAUAG